AUGCUGCGCUCUUGCGCGUUCGUGAUUUCGGCAUUGAGCAAUGCGGCUCUCAUAGCGUUGUUCAAUAAAACACCGACGCCGUAUUUCCAACGUGCGAAGCGCUUUCUAAUCGCAUUCGCAAGCUUCUCCAUCAUCAAUGUCAUCAUCAACGCGUUUUUCAAUCCGUUGAUUGUCAAAAAUGUGAACUCGGUAUUUUUUGUCUCUGGAACGCCCAUCGGAAAUCAUAAAUCAAUUGGAAAAUUGCUGGCUUGCCUCUAUUUCUUCUGCUACUGCUUCUGCAUUUGUUGCCUCUCCGCUCUAUUCUUUCAGCGCUUCUUCUACGUCUCCGGAGCAUUAAUGGGAUGCAAUUAUCGAAAACUCAAAUAUCUUUUUGUGAUUCCGUUCAGCUCGAUUUUGAUGUGGAUGACGUCGCACGAUCCUUCGGGCAAAAUGAAUAUCUGCUAUGACGACCUUAUUGCAAUGUUUUUAUUAUCAAUUAUGACCAUCGGAACAAUUGGAGUAAUGAUUUUCACGGGAUACAAAAUGAUCAAAUGUAAUUUAGUCUCCGGAUGCGAGAAAUGCUACAACAUGAAUCGAAGUCUCAAUUACACAGUGAUUGCCCAGGGAUUCAUCACUCUAUCGUUCUAUAUCAUUCCGAUGUUCCUUCUGAUUCUGAGCCCAAUUAUUUCGAUUAACAUCGAUAUAUUAGCCGAGUUUUACUCGAUCUCCUCGCUUAUUUAUCCGGCAAUCAACGCGAUUUGUGCGAUGCUCAUCAUCGACGAAAUGCGCUACUUGAUUUUCCGCACUCGAAAAUUGUUUAUCAAACCGAUCAUACUCCUCACAAUGCAUAAUCAUCGCAAUCCACAAUCUUCGUCAAUUUAUGUACUUUUGUAA